AGCGUUGAAUAAAACUGUGAACACGCUCUCCGUAGUUUAUUUGUAUUGUGCGUCUCCUCACUCACUCCCUAAACCCCUCUGCCUGUCUCUCUCUAUUUGUUUGUUUCUCGCUCUAAAACCUCGAAUUCCAAAACCACCUUCCCACGCCAUGCCUCUUUUUCUGCUACCCAACCAAACGACCCGUCGCAUGGACUCCACCGUCCUUUAAAAUUCCCUGCAAUCCAUCACACAUUGGUAAGCUUACAAGCCUUUCCUACUGUUUCGAGUUGAUCUGAUCCUUCUCUUUGAUUUCCCUUUAACGACUUGCGUUUUGAUACCAAUACUCUGAUUUUAAGAGGUCUAUUGGAAUAUGCAACCUUACCUGGAUUUUGCUUCAUCUGCACUGUACCUGUAGCUUUUCAGGUUAGAAUGGAAUGAGUGUUUUAUGCUAUUGGUUUUCCUUUUGGUUUACCCUAGUUACAUGGUGUUUGUGGAAUUAGGGUUCCGUGUGAAAUGAGGGAGGGGCUGAGAUCUCAGACUCGAUUGGAGAAGGUUUCUGGGGGUGGUGGAGUUGUCCACAAGGAAGGGGGUGGUGUAAAGAAUGAGGCCUUUAAUUUGGGUGGUGAGGGUUUAGAGGUGCCGGACUUAACGAUUGAGAAUAAGGGUGGUGUUGAUCGUGCUGUAAAAGUAGAAUGUGACUUGGAUUUGGAUGUGAGUUCCAGUGGUAAUGUUGGCUUAGCUGAGAAUGACAGCAGUAGUUGUUUUAAUGGUGGGGGUAGCAUUGUAGUUGCUGAUGUUGAUAGGAAGGCGAAGAAGGAACACGGAUCAAAUGAUGCAAUGUUGAUUGGUGGUCGAGUGUUGCGAUCGAGGUCAAGGAGGGUGGAUGAUACAAGAUUGUCUAGUGAAGAGAAUGGUGAGGUCUUUUCUGGAAAUAAUAAAGGACAUUGUGGGUUUGAGAGGAUAAAAGUUAAGAAGGAGUAUGAAGAGACUGAUGAUUUUUUUGCUGACAGUUAUGAGAAUGAAAGGGUUAAGGUGAAGGAAGGGAAUGGCAAGAGGAAUUUGAAACGGAAGCGUGGGAGGCCUCCCAAAAUGGAGUUGAAAGAGCAAGAUCAACUUGCUAUUCAGUCUCCACGAAAGCGUGGAAGACCACCCAAGGCUGGCCAACAAAACCAUCUUGUGACAGUGGUUGCACAUAAAAGAAAAGGAAGGGCAGGCCUUCGGAUAGGUAGAAAAGGUUUCACUGUGAGAGAUGGUGCUAAUGUGAAUGCAAUUGAUGAUACAUAUUCAAGGAAAUCUGCUGGGAAUGAGUUAGAAAAGAAAGGAUUUUCUCCUGUCAAGAAGAAUAAAAUUAGUAAGGUUUUGAAGACUGAGAACAAUGUGGUGGCCUCACCAUCAAUAUCAAGUCCAGUGAAUGCUUUUAUUGCUGAGAAAAAUGGAAAGAAUAAAGUAAAACAGUUAGUGAGGGAUCAAAUAAUGGAACGGCUCUCAGCUGCAGGCUGGAAAGUUGACUAUAGACCCAGGAAUGGCAGAGAGUACAAUGAUGCAGUGUAUGUUAGUCUUGAUGGAAGGACACACUGGUCAAUCACCUUGGCCUACAAUAGGCUUAGAGAGCAUUAUGAAGCUGGUGAUGGUGAAGGUAAGGUAUAUAGGCCAGGUUUCAAAUUUACACCAAUACCAGAAGAGGAUUUCAAAAUACUAACAAAGGUAAUUAACAAGCAAAGGAAAAGUAAAUGUAAAUUGGUAAAAAGGGGGGGAAAGGGUGGUAAGAAAGUUUAUGGAGUCAAUAGUAAAGAGAAUAUACAAAAAUCAGGUUCUGCUGCAGACAUGGGCAAGUCAGGGACGAGGAAAAUUAAAAGGAAAUGGUCACUUGGCAACACAGAUGUUACAUCAGCUAACAGGAUGCCAGUUCUAGUGAGGGAUCAUAAGCGAUACAAAACACAAAACAAGAAGCAAUGUGCUCUGCUGGUUCGCAAUGCUGAGGAGGAGAUAGAUUCCGAAACUGAGGGAUAUGUACUGUACAGUGGAAAACGAACUUUGCUUGCCUGGAUGAUUGAUUUGGGCACAGUCCUUCAAAAUGGGAAGGUUCAUUAUAUGCAAAACAAAAGGAACAGUGCAGCACUGGAUGGUACAAUCACAGGAGAUGGCAUUCAUUGUGGCUGCUGUAAUAAAAUUGUUACAAUUUCAGACUUUGAAGUUCAUGCAGGAAGCAAACUCUCUGAUCCUCUUAAAAAUAUAUUUAUAGAGGAAGGAACUUCCCUUUUACAAUGCUUGCUAGAUUCAUGGAAUAAGCAAGAUGAAUCAGAACGAAAAGGUUUUCAUUUUGUUGAUGUAGCAGGUCAAGAUCCAAAUGAUGAUACAUGUGGUGUCUGUGGAGAUGGUGGAGAUCUGAUAUGUUGUGAUGGUUGCCCAUCAACAUUCCAUCAAGGUUGCUUGGACAUAAAAAAGUUCCCAUCUGGUGACUGGCACUGCAUUUAUUGCUGUUGCAAAUUUUGUGGGUUGGUUGGUGGAAGUUCAAACCAUAGGGAUGGCCAUGAUGAACUUACCGUGUCAAAAUUACUCACCUGCCAGUUAUGUGAGGAAAAAUAUCACAGGUCCUGUAUUGAGGCAAAUAGUGCAAACACUGAUGAUUCCAGGGAUGUCUUCUGUUGUGGGAAUAGCUGUCAAGAGUUAUCCAAGAGACUUGAAAUGAUCAUUGGGGUUAAACAUGAAAUUGAAGAUGGGUUUUCUUGGACUUUUAUUCGGCGGUCAGAUGUAGGCUUUGAUGCUUCUCAGAUAGAACCUCAGAUGGUUGAAUGCAAUUCCAAACUAGCUGUUGCAUUAUCAAUAAUGGAUGAGUGCUUUAUGCCAUAUAUGGAUCAUAGAAGUGGGGUUAAUCUGAUCCACAGUAUUCUGUAUAAUUGUGGGUCAAACUUCAAACGUCUGGAUUAUAGUGGAUUUGUUACGGCAAUUCUAGAGAGAGGUGAUGAGAUCAUAUCUGCUGCAUCUAUCAGGAUCCAUGGGAACCAACUUGCAGAGAUGCCAUUUAUUGGGACACGCUAUAUGUAUAGGCGACAAGGAAUGUGCCGGCGGCUUCUAAAUGCCAUUGAAUGGGCACUCAAGUCUUUAAAUGUUGAGUUAUUGGUCAUACCAGCUAUCUCAGAACUGAGAGAAACUUGGACUUCUGUUUUUGGGUUUCAGCCACUUGAAUUGACUAGCAAGCAAAUAGUAAAUAAAAUGAAUCUAUUGGUAUUCCCUCAUGUAGAUAUGUUACAGAAGAAGAUAUCAGAACAUAAAUUUGAUGGUGAAAAUCUGAUUCCCACAGAGGUUUCCAAUCUUAAGAAUCAAAUAGCACAUAAUUGUGAUGGAGCGGGUUCAUCUGCAUCUGAUUUGAUCAACUUUACUAAGAUUGCUCCCUCUAGUGCAUGCCAGAUAAAUGAUGAAACCAUAUCUACUGAACCUGGUUUUCAUCUUCCUGAAGGUUCAUUAAAUAAUGUACCUGGCAUUGUUAGCAACACUUCAGAUCUUAGGAAAUCUGUGAAAGAUGACACACGUCAAGUUGUAUGUCUGCCUGUUCAAGAUAAUUUGGUGAUGGAACUCAACAGUACUGAAAUUACCUGUGAUUAUGUGACUGAUACGUGUUGCCAAACUAAAGAUAUAACUGCAUACAAGAAUACAAGUUGUGAUUGCAUCAUGGUGAACCAUGAUGAGAAGCCUAUAGAUUUGGAUAGCCAACUGAACAAUUGUUGUGUUCCUUCUGACGGAAGACCGUGUCUCAAUGUGUCUUGUAUUAGCACUGAAGCUACUGAAGAAGGACAUCGUGUUACCGUUUCACUGAAGGUUACUGAAAACUUUACGAAUCAGGUCAAAGUAGCAUUUGAGGUUAUCUCAAAUAACAACAGUGCUGAAAACUCUGCACCUUGUGGUGCUGAAAGCAUUCCUCUUGACUCACAAACUGUGUUUAGUACUAGGAACUCAAAAGAUUCUGCUGACUGUAUUAACCAGCAUUCAUAUAGUAUUUCUGACAGUUGUGGACUGACUAACAAGAUUGAUUGUGUUCAACCAAACUUUAUAGGAUCAAAAGUACAUGAUGAAUCUGUCGAUGUUUGUGGUCGUCAUUCUAGACCCAAGGGUGAUUGUGCCUCUGGUGAAGCAGUUCCCCCAUCCAAAGAUUGUCCUGUUAGUUGUGAAAACAAAAAUUCUGGAGUUACUUGUUUGACAAAUCCUGAUGGAGUGAAAUUAUGUUCUGCCAAAUUACACAACCCACAGUCAAACGUAAAUCCUGGAGAUUGCCAUUCCAUAUCGGUAUAUUCAGGUAUUUGUGAGAAGAAUGUAGAUGGUGUCAAUGAGAGGAGUAAAGCCGAGGCCAAUUUCCUUCCUGCUGAUACAGAGAUAGUUCCCAAUAUUAUGUCUCGGAUGAACGGGUCUUCAGAGCUAGCUAAGGCUGAUCUGCAGGUUGAUCAAACUGCACGGAGCAAUGCUCCAUCCUUGUGGAGUUCAAACACUGCUUCUAGUGCGGCCCUUCACUGGCCAUCUGCUGGCAGUACUUCAUGUGGUAAUGCUGAGGGGAUAGUUUUGUCCAACCAAGCCAGUUGACUUAUUUGUUCCAUUUGUAGUUGUAAGUAGGUUAUCUGUUGGGGUUAUUCACUGACAAAGGGAAUCUAGCAAUGCAAUCUGGGAGGGGUUACAGAAAAGCCCUUGUUCUUGUACUUAAGGAUGGUCGAGAUUGUAUGUGUAGCAUGUAUUUUGAAAAAGGUGGUUGUUAGUAGGGGGAUUUUACCUUUGGACUAAAAUGUCCGGACUUCAGCUUCAAUUUUUGGAGGGCGUAGGAGAGGGGGAAGAGGGGGGGGGUGUUGUCAAGGCCAUGGGGACGAAUACCAUGAGGGUCAUGUAUUUUGGUACACCCCCAUGGUCUUUGUCAUAAUUCAAGCCUUUUCGCUUCCUUUAAGGCGUUUCAGUUCAUACAAAAAUUCCGCAUAAAAUCGAUUUCCCCUUUAUUAACUUGUUUAUAGUUAGCAGAGAUUGGCACAAUUAAAUGAGCAUCUUGGGUAGCCAAUUAGCUUGUGGUUCAUUUAGCUGUGCAAAGUUCAGAUGCGUGUAAUACUGCUGGAGGUUCGAUAUUUCUUCACCAAGCAGUCUUUUUCCAACUCUUUAUUACACCUCGUAUGUUUAACAAAUUUGUGGAUAUUCUUUAAGUUACUAAAAAGAAAUAUAAUUCA